AUGUCCAAGAAUAAUAAUAACAAUAAUAAUGAUAACGCAGAUGAUGGUCUGAAUAAGAACUUUAAACUAGGAGAUGUAGAUUUCGAUCUCAAUAACUGGACCUCAAAUCUAAAUAUUAACGAUUUAAAUCUUCCAUUACAAGAUAAUAAUACCAAUACUACUACUGCUGAGAAUGAUGCUGGUGGAAAUAUAGGACCCUUUUCUGCAACGGUUGAUAAUUCUUCCUCAUCCCAACUUAAAAAUAAUGGCAAUAAUGCAGUUCAAAUGUCCCCUUUAGAAGCUAACAUCUUAGAGCAAUAUCUUCUGAAUAAUGAAAUUGCUAAUUCUUUGACAAAUAAUAACAACAACUAUAACAGAUCCGAGAACAUUCAGACUAGCCACGUUCCACAACAACAAGAACAACAACACAUCUUAACCCAAUCAUUAGAUUCUGAAAAUAACUCUCUUUCCACAUUACCAGUUUCAAACCUUACUCCUGGUAGUUCUGCUGGUCUUUCUGCUUCUACGAACGCCUCGAAUACAAAUAGACCCUCUCUAACUUUACAAUUAGAUUCAUCGUCAAAUGUCGAUAAUAUCCGAGAUAAUAAUAAUGAUAAUAAUUACCCAAUAUCGAACAUUAAUACAAAUUAUUUGUCUCCUGUAAGUAACAAUUUUAAUGCUAAAAUUAGCAAAAGCAAUAAUGGCACGAUAAACUUUGGAACUAGCUUCAAUUCCAAUUCCAAUUCCAAUUCCAAUCCUCAUUCACCAUACCUAAACACACAAGAUAAUAGUAGCAUAUACAGUAGUAAUACAUUAAAUCCAAAUAACCUGGCUGUCUCACCUUCCAUUUCAUAUUUAUCUCCAGGUGGGAUUUCAAGUAACGCUGACUUUGAUAAUUUGACAGAUUUAGAUGAUGUAGACAAUGACGAUUUAAUGAGUGUUUAUUCAAGUGCAAGUUCGAAUUUCGUUCUACCGUUAAAUGAUGAAGGUUUGAAACAAAUUGGGAAUUUGAAUGAUUUGGAUUUGAUCUUAAACCGAAAACAAAUUAAUGCAGAUGAUUUAGAUCAAUACCAAUACCAAUCAAUGAUUUAUGAUAACGAAGAUAGCAAGAAUAACAAUACACAAGUUCAAACACCCAUUAUUAAACCACCAAUUAUAUCCAUCCAAGAAUUUCAAGGUAAUUACAAUGAUAAUGAUAAGAAUAAUAAUAAUAAUAAUCUGAUAAUCAAUACAGAAUCUAAUUCCAUUUUCAAUUUUCCAAGUUCUUCACCCAUAGAUAAUAAUUUUUCAUCUCCAAUAAAUAGUAGUACGAUAACAAGCAAUUUUUUAAAUCCAUUCGAAUCAAAUAAUAAUAAUAAUAAUAAUCAACAAACACUUCACGACGAUAAUGAAAAAGAAUCAAUAAUAGACUUGAGAAAGGCAAGAAGAAAAAGCCAAACUGCACAUUCAUAUAAUUCCUCUACCGUGUCUAGAAGUCGAAGUAGAUCAAGAAGAUCAUCAAUAUAUUAUUCCCCAGAAGAUAAGGCAAGGUCAAUUAGUGAAAAUAGAGAUAAAUUGUUAGAAAUGGCAGACUUACCCAUCCCCCUUUCCUCAUCAGUGCAGAAAGAUGAGAAAUUCACAAACGAUACUAAUAUGAAUAAAUAUAUAUCUCCAUUAUCUGCUUCACCAUCUCCUCAACAUACUGAUUCCAAUGUUAAUGAAAACGAUAAUAAUAACAAUAAUAAUACUAAUAAUAAGACGAGACAAAGUACAGGUGGCUACAUUUGUGAAUUAUGUAACAAGACAUUUACAAGACCGUACAAUUUGAAAUCUCAUUUACGAACACACACGAAUGAAAAACCAUUCAUUUGUAAGAUCUGUAAUAAGGCAUUCGCAAGACAACACGAUAGGAAGAGACAUGAAGAUUUACAUACGGGGAAAAAAAGAUAUAUUUGUGGUGGGAAAUUGAAAAAUGGUGAUACAUGGGGGUGUGGUAAGAAAUUCGCAAGAAGUGAUGCUCUAGGAAGACAUUUUAAAACGGAAUCUGGUAAAAAAUGUAUUGCUCCGUUGUAUGCAGAAGCUAUUUCUGAACAAGAGCAACAAGGGUCGCAUGACGAUAGCCAUAAUGAAAAUAGUAAUGAUCAGAAAGUCAUUGGGUUAGGUUUAUAG